CAGGAGACCACCAUCUGCACCUCCCGUGAAGAUGUCCACUCCAGACCCACCACUGGGUGGAACUCCUCGGCCGGGCCCUUCCCCUGGCCCAGGCCCCUCACCUGGAGCCAUGCUGGGCCCCAGCCCAGGCCCCUCACCAGGCUCUGCCCACAGCAUGAUGGGGCCCAGCCCGGGGCCUCCCUCAGCAGGACACCCCAUCCCUACCCAAGGGCCUGGGGGGUACCCUCAGGACAACAUGCACCAGAUGCACAAGCCUAUGGAGUCCAUGCAUGAGAAGGGCAUGUCGGACGACCCACGCUACAACCAGAUGAAAGGAAUGGGGAUGCGGUCAGGGGGCCACGCAGGGAUGGGGCCCCCACCCAGCCCCAUGGACCAGCACUCCCAAGGUUACCCCUCACCCUUGGGCAGCUCUGAGCAUGCUUCCAGUCCAGUUCCAGCCAGUGGCCCAUCCUCUGGUCCCCAAAUGUCAUCUGGGCCAGGAGGGGCCCCACUAGAUGGUGCUGACCCCCAGGCCUUGGGGCAGCAGACCCGGGGCCCAACCCCAUUUAACCAGAACCAGCUGCACCAGCUUCGAGCUCAGAUAAUGGCCUACAAGAUGCUGGCCAGGGGGCAACCUCUUCCUGACCACCUGCAAAUGGCUGUGCAGGGAAAGCGGCCAAUGCCUGGGAUGCAACAGCAGAUGCCAACACUACCUCCGCCCUCUGUGUCUGCCACAGGACCUGGCCCUGGCCCUGGGCCUGGCCCUGGCCCAGGUCCAGGACCAGCACCUCCAAAUUACAGCAGGCCUCAUGGUAUGGGAGGGCCCAACAUGCCACCUCCAGGACCCUCAGGUGUGCCCCCUGGGAUGCCUGGUCAGCCCCCUGGAGGGCCUCCCAAACCUUGGCCUGAAGGACCCAUGGCGAAUGCUGCUGCCCCCACAAGCACCCCUCAGAAACUGAUCCCCCCGCAGCCGACAGGACGCCCUUCGCCUGCGCCACCUGCUGUCCCGCCUGCUGCUUCACCUGUGAUGCCACCUCAGACACAGUCCCCAGGGCAGCCAGCCCAGCCCGCACCCUUGGUGCCGUUGCACCAGAAGCAGAGCCGCAUCACCCCCAUCCAGAAGCCCAGGGGCCUGGACCCUGUGGAGAUCCUGCAGGAGCGGGAAUACAGGCUGCAGGCUCGCAUUGCACAUCGAAUUCAGGAACUUGAAAAUCUCCCCGGGUCCCUGGCCGGGGAUUUGAGAACCAAAGCGACCAUUGAGCUCAAGGCCCUCAGGCUGCUUAACUUCCAGAGACAGCUACGCCAGGAGGUUGUGGUGUGCAUGCGGAGGGACACAGCCUUGGAGACGGCCCUUAAUGCCAAGGCCUACAAGCGCAGCAAGCGUCAGUCCCUGCGAGAGGCCCGCAUCACUGAGAAGCUAGAGAAACAGCAAAAGAUUGAGCAGGAGCGCAAACGCCGCCAGAAGCACCAGGAAUACCUCAAUAGCAUUCUUCAGCAUGCCAAGGAUUUUAAAGAAUAUCACAGAUCAGUCACAGGCAAAAUCCAGAAACUCACCAAGGCAGUAGCCACAUACCAUGCCAACACAGAGCGAGAGCAGAAGAAAGAAAAUGAACGAAUUGAGAAGGAAAGAAUGCGGAGGCUCAUGGCUGAAGAUGAGGAGGGCUACCGCAAACUCAUCGACCAGAAGAAGGACAAGCGCUUGGCCUACCUUUUGCAGCAGACAGACGAGUAUGUGGCCAACCUCACAGAGCUGGUACGGCAGCAUAAGGCUGCCCAGGUUGCCAAGGAGAAAAAGAAGAAAAAGAAAAAGAAGAAGGCAGAAAAUGCUGAAGGGCAGACACCUGCAAUUGGACCGGAUGGCGAGCCUCUGGACGAGACCAGCCAGAUGAGUGACCUCCCUGUGAAAGUCAUCCAUGUGGAGAGUGGGAAGAUCCUCACAGGCACAGAUGCCCCAAAAGCUGGGCAGUUGGAGGCCUGGCUUGAGAUGAACCCAGGGUAUGAGGUAGCUCCAAGAUCAGAUAGUGAGGAAAGUGGCUCGGAAGAAGAGGAGGAGGAGGAGGAGGAAGAGCAGCCGCAGCCAGCACAACCUCCCACCCUGCCUGUGGAGGAGAAGAAGAAGAUUCCAGACCCAGAUAGUGAUGAUGUCUCUGAGGUGGAUGCUCGGCACAUCAUUGAGAAUGCCAAGCAAGACGUUGAUGAUGAGUAUGGUGUGUCCCAGGCCCUGGCUCGUGGCCUGCAGUCGUACUAUGCAGUGGCCCAUGCUGUCACUGAGAGAGUGGAUAAACAGUCAGCACUUAUGGUCAACGGUGUCCUCAAACAGUACCAGAUCAAGGGCUUGGAGUGGCUGGUGUCCCUGUACAACAACAACCUGAAUGGCAUCCUGGCUGAUGAGAUGGGUUUGGGGAAAACCAUCCAGACUAUUGCGCUCAUCACAUACCUCAUGGAGCACAAGCGCAUCAAUGGGCCCUUCCUCAUCAUAGUGCCUCUCUCGACACUGUCAAACUGGGCAUACGAAUUUGACAAGUGGGCACCCUCUGUGGUAAAGGUGUCCUACAAGGGCUCUCCAGCAGCAAGACGGGCUUUUGUCCCCCAGCUCCGCAGUGGGAAGUUCAAUGUCUUGCUGACAACCUAUGAGUACAUCAUCAAAGACAAGCACAUCCUAGCCAAGAUCCGCUGGAAGUACAUGAUUGUGGAUGAAGGCCACCGCAUGAAGAACCACCACUGUAAGCUGACACAGGUCCUCAACACGCACUACGUGGCCCCUCGGCGUCUGCUGCUGACGGGCACGCCACUGCAGAACAAGCUCCCCGAGCUCUGGGCGCUGCUCAACUUCCUGCUGCCCACCAUCUUCAAGAGCUGCAGCACUUUUGAACAGUGGUUCAAUGCUCCCUUUGCCAUGACCGGGGAAAAGGUGGACCUGAAUGAGGAAGAAACCAUCCUUAUCAUUCGUCGUCUCCACAAAGUGCUGCGACCCUUCCUGCUCCGGCGGCUCAAGAAGGAAGUUGAGGCCCAGUUGCCUGAGAAGGUGGAGUAUGUCAUCAAGUGCGACAUGUCUGCUCUGCAGCGCGUGCUCUACCGGCACAUGCAAGCUAAGGGGGUGCUACUGACCGACGGCUCCGAGAAGGACAAGAAGGGCAAAGGUGGCACCAAGACCCUGAUGAACACCAUCAUGCAGCUGAGGAAGAUCUGCAACCACCCGUACAUGUUCCAGCACAUUGAGGAAUCCUUUUCUGAGCACUUGGGCUUCACCGGUGGCAUCGUCCAGGGACUGGACCUGUACAGAGCCUCGGGGAAGUUUGAGCUUCUUGAUAGAAUUCUUCCCAAACUGCGUGCAACCAACCAUAAAGUGCUGCUCUUCUGCCAAAUGACUUCCCUCAUGACGAUCAUGGAAGAUUAUUUUGCAUAUCGUGGCUUUAAAUACCUCAGGCUUGAUGGAACCACAAAGGCAGAGGACCGGGGUAUGCUGCUGAAAACCUUCAACGAGCCCGGCUCAGAGUAUUUCAUCUUCCUGCUGAGCACCCGGGCUGGGGGGCUGGGACUGAACCUCCAAUCAGCUGACACUGUGAUCAUUUUCGACAGCGACUGGAAUCCCCACCAGGACCUGCAAGCGCAGGACCGAGCCCACCGCAUCGGGCAGCAGAAUGAGGUACGCGUGCUCCGCCUCUGCACGGUCAACAGCGUGGAGGAGAAGAUCCUGGCUGCAGCCAAGUAUAAGCUCAAUGUGGACCAGAAGGUGAUCCAGGCGGGCAUGUUCGACCAGAAAUCAUCCAGCCACGAAAGGCGCGCGUUCCUGCAGGCCAUCUUGGAGCACGAGGAGCAGGAUGAGAGCAGACACUGCAGCACGGGCAGCGGCAGUGCCAGCUUCGCCCACACUGCCCCUCCGCCAGCGGGCGUCAACCCCGACUUGGAGGAGCCACCUCUAAAGGAAGAAGAUGAAGUACCCGACGACGAGACUGUCAACCAAAUGAUUGCACGACAUGAAGAGGAGUUUGACCUGUUCAUGCGCAUGGACCUGGACCGCCGGCGCGAGGAGGCCCGCAACCCUAAGCGGAAGCCGCGCCUGAUGGAGGAGGAUGAGCUCCCAUCCUGGAUCAUAAAGGAUGAUGCGGAGGUGGAGCGGCUGACCUGUGAGGAGGAGGAGGAGAAGAUGUUUGGCCGGGGUUCCCGCCACCGCAAGGAGGUGGACUAUAGCGACUCUUUGACAGAGAAGCAGUGGCUCAAGACCCUGAAGGCCAUCGAGGAGGGCACGCUGGAGGAGAUCGAAGAGGAGGUCCGGCAGAAGAAAUCGUCACGGAAGCGCAAGCGGGACAGCGAUGCCGGCUCCUCCACCCCGACCACCAGCACCCGCAGCCGGGACAAGGAUGACGAGAGCAAGAAGCAGAAAAAGCGAGGGCGGCCACCUGCCGAGAAGCUCUCCCCAAACCCACCCAACCUCACCAAGAAGAUGAAGAAGAUCGUGGACGCCGUGAUCAAGUACAAGGACAGACUUGUAUCUCUGGGGCAGAUUCCACAAAGAAAGAAGUAGAAGGAUAAGAUAGCGGAUAUGCAAAAAUCUAAUGAAAUAGACAGACCUCCGGAGGUGUUUUGUUUUAUUUUGGUUUUGGAGACAGAACCCAGGGUCUUGUCACAUGUUCUGCCACUGAGCUGUCCCUCUAUUGAUUUUCUUGAGAAGGAAACUUGAAAUUACCACAGUGAAGAACACCUUCUUAAGGUCGGUGAGGAAGAUAGGCUGGGCUUUAUCCUGCCAAUGUUUUAGAUUAUCUACAUAGAGAAGAGCCUUCUUGACGCCCACUUUCCACGAUACACAUAUAUUCCUUUGAAGUGGAUUAUGGAGAGAAAAUGAAAGGUAGAAGCAGUGUUCUAUGUGUCAAUGGAAUGAAGAUUGAGUCUCUGUAACAAAAUGACCACAUACCCCAACACCAGGAGUUUGCAUGGGGAGAUCAAACUGCGGCAGCUCGUGCAGUUGGGAUUAUGAUCACAAAGGACAGGAUGGAGGCAGUGCUGAGCGUGACUGCUGCAGCACAUCAUGCAGAGGAGGACGACGAUUAGACCUGCUCAAGAUAGGCAUCAACUUUACAGAAGGUGGUCACCUUCUCCUUACUAUAGCUGUGGGGGAUAAAGUCUCGUUCCAGAUCUUGAACUUACUCUCCUCGUCACUAUUAAAGCAUGAAGUUGAACGCUUUCUGAAACCUGCCAUGGAGCUGGGAUAUUGUUGGUAGACAAUAUUUUUUAUUGUCUCCUAUUUCAAAAAUAAAUUGUGCCUAAUGAAGUUAGAUGACUUUUACACCUUUAAUGAUGAGUAAUUUUGGUGGAGUUAAAAUGCUGUUUUCAUUCUGCAUUUGUGUAGUUCAGUGCUUUGUUCAAAGUUAAAGUGUUUUCAGAAACUUCAUUUAAAACUUCAUUUCAAAGGUUUUUCUACCGAAUCCAGGAUUUUCUGAAGAUGGAAGCCUGUAUGUAAAAUGCUACCAGAUUGCAUGAAGGAACAAUAACCAAUUUGAUUUAACAAUGUUCUAAAAGAAACCAUGGGAGAUCUUCAUGUCCUUUGAGUAGGCAGUCUUUUCAACAGGACACAUGAGGAAUGUUCCGCAAAGGACACUCUUAUUAUGACAGUGAUGAUCCACUCCAUAGACUGGGAAAGACAAGCUACUUUGAAGACCGACAGUGAAUGUGAAGAGCUGCCACCGGGAAGGACAUGCUGCUCACUGCUCAGCAUGGUGAGGCACAGCCCUCAUGACACGCACACCGCAGCGCCCGGAAGUACACGUCAGAACCAGAGCUGCUGCCUCCACAGCCAACAGGAAGGCCAGGGCUCCUGCUGGCAAGGUGGGCAGCACCUGGACCUUGUGUCCUGCUUUCCAGGAAUGGGCCAUUCUCAGCAGCAUUUAAUCCUUUCAUCUCCUCCCAGGAGCCCAGUGCAUGUCCACACAAACGAGGUUAUAAGGUCCCAAAAGAGGAAUCACUCAGGCCAGCGUCCAUCCUUAGGAAGACAGAUGCUCAUAUUCCUGCGAUGCAGAGAUUUUUUUUUUUUAA